UCAAAUUCUACCAUGUUUCCUCUCAACCGAAAAAAACGAAAAAAUGGUACCAAAAUUCCAUUUUCUUUGUCUGCUACACAGCUGGAAAGACAUGGGCUACUUUGAUUCUUGCGUAUCUUUUUAGGAUCACAUAUUCCCUCAAAAGGUCCCGAAAACACAAGAUAUCUCCAAACAAACCACGAGCCUGCCACGCUCCCACGUUCAACCUCCUCAUCUUCAUCGUCCACGUGUCGUUAUCAUGGUGCCACCCUUUUUAUUGGCCUCCCCUAUCGUCAUCUCCUUCACUUAGUCACUCAAACACCCUACAGGUUUGCUAAAGCCUCUGUUUUCCUUUACCCUUUUCAUCAAAAGCUUCGUUUUAUUUCCUUUUGAGCCAUGUUGUUGAAAGCUGCUACAGCUUUUUCUUUGUUAAAUCCUCUAGUGGAAAAUCAGGGUCCUUCCCUGUUUUCCUCUGUUUCUUCAUCUCAAAUCUAUCCUGCUUCAAUUCUUCGACUUUCUUCUCCAAGAAAUGGAACUGGGUCUGUUGUAGUUUGUGCAACCAAAGGAGCCAACAAUAAGCCACUAACUGGUGUCGUUUUCGAGCCCUUUGAGGAAGUGAAAAAGGAGCUUGAUCUGGUCCCUACUGUGCCUCAGGUUUCUUUGGCUCGACAAAAGUUUACUGACGAGUGUGAAGCUGCUAUCAAUCAACAAAUCAAUGUCGAAUACAAUGUCUCCUAUGUGUAUCAUGCUAUGUUUGCCUACUUCGAUAGGGACAACGUUGCACUCAAGGGUCUUGCCAAGUUCUUCAAGGAAUCGAGUUUAGAAGAGAGAGAGCAUGCUGAGAAACUGAUGGAAUACCAGAACAAACGAGGUGGGAAAGUGAAACUUCAGUCCAUAUUGAUGCCGCUUUCUGAGUUCGAUCAUGCAGAGAAAGGAGAUGCAUUGUAUGCAAUGGAACUUGCCUUGUCCCUGGAGAAACUAACAAAUGAAAAGCUCUUUAACUUGCAUAGAGUGGCUGACCAGAAACAUGAUGUGCAGUUGACAGAUUUCAUUGAUAGAGAAUUCUUAGCUGAGCAGGUGGAGGCCAUCAAGAAAAUAUCAGAAUAUGUGGCUCAGUUGAGAAGAGUUGGCAAAGGACAUGGUGUUUGGCACUUUGAUCAGAUGCUUCUCCAUGAGGGAGAGGAAGCUAUUGCAUGAAACCAUGACUUGCUGCUUGGUUGGAUAUCAGAGGAUAUCAGAGGUUGUUCUGUAAGGUCUUGUGUCAGUAGUUCCUUAUUGAGAGAUUUUGGUUUAGUUACUAAGUUGUAUAACUAGUGCGUAAACUGUGUUGAUGAUGAGAGAUCAUAAGGAAUAUUUCAAGUCCUCUUAAUCAAAGUAGUUAUACAUGGAUUUCCUAUCCUGGUAUUUUCUCCAAGAUUUAUUUUAACUCUUUUUCAUGCACCCUAGCAAACAUUUAUGACUGUUUUCUUUGUUUUCAAUCCUGCGCCAUUAGUAUUAAGCUAAAAGCAAAUGGAUUGAUAAUGAGUGGAGAAGCUAAGUAGUCAUAAUUUGAACCUUCCUUGUGUUUUAGUGUCCAUUUACUAGUUAUCAGUUGAAGUCGUCAGUUUGUUGGUGGUGUUUCAUAUCUAUGAUAAAUUCUCUUAGAGUUGCUUUAACAAUAUCAAAUCAUUCUCAGAGAUGAGAAGGCUCAGAGAGAUCA